AUGGCUCUCCACGAUGAAGGUUAUCGCUACACGCCUCUCAAUAUCGACCAACGUGAGAUUCGUCUCGCACGCAUGGCAGUAGGGCCUCGACCGGACCAUAUUCAGCCUGAUGUCGCCGGCCCGCCCUUGGACCACCGCUACACGCCUCUUUCGAUGGUGAUAGAGACCUUUUCCUUGGCGACGGCUCCCCCUUACCUUGCCUUAUCGUACGUUUGGGAAACGCCGGAACGCACUCAUGUGAUCAUCUGCGGCGGGAAAUCCCUGCCCGUCACUGCAAGCCUGAGAGCAGCAUUAGGCGCCCUCCCUGUUGAGAACUCCUGGAUGUGGGUAGAUGCGCUUUGUAUUGACCAGAGCAACAUUCCCGAGCGCAAUUCUCAGUUACGGCUGAUACAAGACAUUUAUUCUUCCGCCACGGAAGUAAUCGCAUAUCUUGGAGAUGCACCCGCCAAUCGAGGGGAUCAGACAAUGCUGGCCUUGAAGGAGGGCUUGCAACGGGGAGGCAAAGCAAAGACACAACAAGACAACAAGGUCGAUUCAGCGUCGCAGCUUGCGGGCACUGCUUCUGCCCUGGCCACUCUUCUGCGCAGCCCGUGGUUCGCUCGAGCCUGGGUCAUGUCCGAGGUCGCGUUGAACAAAAACGUCCGGUUCUGGUAUGGGAACACGGAUCUGCCGAUCCAAGACCUGAUUGACUGCGUCCCAGCCACCCUCCAGCAUGUCAGGUCGAGCUUGUUGGACUCUGCAGGCCUGAGCCAAUACGUAGAGUCCAGCUGUCGAUCCACCCAGCGCGCCCAGCUGCACCUCAACUCCAUCCGCACGCUGAGAGGUGCGUUGGCCGCACAGGAGGCUAUGCCCCUAUAUCGAGUCUUGGGCUGUGGUCGCAGCGCCGAAGCCACUGACCCGCGGGACAAAGUGUAUGCCUUUAUGAGCCUUGUGCACGACAAAGAGAUCUUGGAUGUCCUCCGGCCCGACUACUCGCCGUCCAACAGCGCGGACGAUGUCUACUUUGCCCUUGCCCAGUUCUCGCUGAGGCAGCAGCCCUCGGCAAUCGAGAUGCUGCGACAGGCCGGCCACCAGCGACAGUGUCUGCCCUCCUGGGUGCCGGACUUGUCCCAAUAUCUUCGCCAUCCUUUCCCCGACCAUGUAAGCUACCGCAGUAGUGGCGAGUCUAUCCCCUGCAUCCGACAAGUCAAGGACGGUUCCAAGAACUUGCUCGUCCGGGGCGCAGUUGUUGACGUCAUCCACGAGGUCUUCGAGCCCUGCACAUUCUCCUUCCGCGACGAUGUUGCCUACUUCUCUGAGAGGCCUGGGACGAGGCACGGCGCUGAUUUGUUCCUGGCCUGCACACGUUUGCACUCCUUCUUGCAUUGCAAAGCCGAAGCAUACUUUCGUGACAGAGGCUACCCCACCCAAGAAGGCCUGGAGGAUGUGAUUCGGCGAACCCUGACGGCUGAUUCCAGUGACCGGCUAGACUGGAGGGGAUACGAGGCAUUCUGCCGGUUGUGGAAGCCGCCCGAGGCGUGUAGCGGUCUGGCCAUCGUCGUAGAGGAGGAGUUGGGUCCGCUCUUUCCGCAAGCUGAUGCCUACAUGCAAGCGGUUGCUCUGGCGCAGCAGGGACGCCGGGUUGCAUUCACCGAGAAUUCAUACCUGGCCACGGUUCCGGACUUUGCACAGGAGGGCGAUGUCCUGGUCCUCGCCAUGGGGAUGCCGAUGCCAUUGGUGUUGCGGCCCACUCAUGAUGGGAAAGCUUCGAGGUACGUCGGGGAAGCGUAUGUGCAUGGGAUCAUGCAUGGAGAAUUGGUGCAGUGGAUGGGACAGGAGGAAGGAUUCAGCAUUGACGGUGGCGAAGUGUUCGACAUCCUGGUCGUUUGA